AUGGAGCACAACCCCAUGAUGGGCGUCGAUAGCUCGGGGCUGCAGCCUCCCAUUGGGGCAGCAAACCAGCAGCUCGGGGUGCCCUUCCUCGGCGCCAUUUCAACCAUGUACGAGCAGCAUGGCGCGUCUUUCCAUCAGCAGCAACAGCAGCACGCCUUCAUGCAGCAGCAUGGCCUCCAAGCGGCGGCGGCUGCCACGGCAGCGGCGCAGCAGCAGCAACAACACCAGCGAGGACCGGCCGGACCGCCGGUCGGCGACCUGCACAGGCUAAAGAUCUGCGGCGUCCCCGCGGGCACCUUCUCCGACGCCAAGCUGCGGCAGCUAUUCGAGCUCUGCGGCAAGGUCGCGGAGGCGCGGAUCGUGUACGACCGCGAUUCUGGCCAGGCGGCCGGCUACGCCUACGUGUCCUUUGCCACCAAGGCCGAGGCAGGCGCGUCGGCGCCCCGCCCCCAAGCGCGCCCACACACGCGACCCGCGCCGGCCGCCAGAGCCGCGCCCGAGCCCCCGUGCCUGGACCUCGCCAUCGCAACGUUCGACGGCCAGGUGCAGCUGCAGCCCGGCGGCGACCUCAUGAGCGUCUACUACGCGAAGCGCCAGCAGGACAGCGCCGCGUCCGGCGCCCGCGAGGGCCCUGCGCGCAACGCCAAGCUCUACUUUACCGGCGUCCCCCCCGGCGUGGCGAGGGAGACCAUCCUGAAGCUCUUCUCCCAGCACGGGCGCGUGCGACACCUGCAGCUCUAUGCAGAUGACCUGGGGGCGCUCAACAGCGGGACCGUCACCAUGUUCUCGCGGAGCGAGGCGGUCGCGGCCAUGGCCGCGCUCGACGGCGCGUCGCUCGCGGCGGGCGUCGCGCCGAUCAAGGUGGCGUGGGCGCAGCUCAACGUGGCGCCCAAGGCGCAGCAGGCGGAGCUGCCGGGCGCGACGGUCGCCUACUGCUCGCUGCCGCCGGCCGUCACGCCGCACGAGGUGGCCGCGCUGUUCCAGCGCUUCGGGCCCGUCCUGAAGGUCAUCCCUUUCCCCGCGCGCCGCGAGGGCCCGCCGGGCACGCGCGGCUGCGGCCGCGUGAUCAUGGCGCACCCCGCGCACGCCGACGCGGCCGCGCGCGCGCUCGGCGGCAAGUUUGUGUGGCAGGGCUCCGAGUGGCCCUUCCAGGCGCAGCCGUACAACGGGCCGGCACCCGCGCAGGGCGGCGGGCUCAAGGAGCAGCAGCGCGGCGCGGCAGAGCGCGGCGCGGCGGCGGCCGCUGCCGCAGCAGCGGCGGCAGGGGCCGCGGCGGGGCCGUAUGCGUCCGCCUCGGCGGCGGCGGCGCUCGGCUUCCGCCCCCACCCCCUCGCCUGCGAGCCCGCCGCCGCCGCAGCAGCAGCUGCGGCGGCAGCGGCGGCGACGGCUGCGGCGCAGCUGCCCCCCGGCUGCGAGGCGGGCGCGUACCCCCUCUUCCUUACUAAUCUGCCGCCCCUAGUAGACGAGGGCGAGCUCAGAUCUUUGAUGGCGGUAUACGGACGCCUGCUGAGCCUCGACCUCGCGCGCGGCGCCGCUGCGGCUUGGGGCGCGCCGCCGCACGCCGCCGCCGCGGGCUGGGGCGGCGGCGCGUCCGCGACGGUCUGGUUUGCGAGCGCCGCCGAGGCGGACGCCGCGCGCGCCGCGCUGCACGGCGCUCUGCUGCGGUCCGCGGGGGAGGAGCCGCGGCAGCUGCAGGUCUCGGCCGGCGCGGCGGGCGCGGGGGAGCUGCUAGGGGCCGCCGCGCAGCUGAUGCGGGGCGCCCGCGGCCUGCAGGGCGCGGGCGCGGGCUCGGGCGCGGGAGGGCAUCUCCUGGGUCAGCGCGGCGCGGCGGGCAGCCACUGGGCCAUGCCGGGGGCUCAGCAGGGCGCCGGGCUGUUCGGGCAGCAGCAGCAGCAGCAGCAGCAGGUGCAGCAGCAGCAGCACCAGCACCAGCACCAGCAGCAGCAGGGCUACCAUCUGGGCUCCCUGCUGGGUGCCGGGGGCCUGGCCGCAGCCGCCGGGCUCGCGCCACCGCCCGCGCAAUGGCAGCAGCCGCUGCAGCCGCCCCCGCAGUGGCCGUCGACGCUGCCGCCGCAGCAGCAGGAGCAGCCGGCGUCCGCGCCGCUCGACGCAUGGAGCGCGUGGGGUGGCGGCGGCGCCGGACAGGCAGCGGCGGGGCCGCCCCUGGCCCAGCUGGGUGGCGGGGCUGGCUUCGGCUCGCUGCACGGCAGCCACCCUUCGCUGCUGGGCACGGUUGGCCUGCAACAGCAGCAGCAGCAGCCCCUGCCGCCGCACAGCGGCGCCAUGCCCUUCCCCAGCGGCGCCGCAAGCGCCCUCGGCCCUGCCCCCGCGCCCGACUUCCCCCCCGCCGCGCCGCCGCUGCAGCUGCCCGGCCGCGCGCCGGCCUUCUUGGCCGUGCCGGGUGGGACCGGGGCCUCCUCCUUCGUCGGCGCCGGCGGCGGCGGCGGCGGCGGCCUCGGCCCGAGCCCGUCCCACGCCGCGUCAUCCCUGGCCGCCGCCUCGGGAAGCUUCCCGCUGUCUGCCGCGGCGGCGUCGUCAAACGACGCGACGCCCGUGUCCUCGGCGCUCGCGUCGGCCGGCGCGGCCGCGGCGCUCGCGGGCGCGGCGGCGCUGGCGUGGGGCCCCGCGGGCCCUGCCGGGUCGGGCGGCGGGACGGUCUCGAGCUCAGGCGCGGGCGGCAGCGCGCGCUCGUCCCCGCGCGCCGCCGGCGCCGAGGCGGCGCCGUAG